AUGCAAGCGUCUCUCCUACUAGAUCGCGAAACGGGCGACGCGCCACCCCACGCCUUGUCGCAGACAUUCACCAGCCAGCUCCUCCGGUCGUUCGCGCCAGCUCCUCAGCACCGCUUCAACGGCGACGCAACCCUGUCCGACGAUGAGUCCGAGAACCGACCGCACAACAUCCGCGCCCACGGCGCCGGCGUCAGCAGCCUGGCCGUCGAGAAGUUCGAUGGACGGAUCCUCGUGUCGGGCGGGACCGAGGGCGCCAUCAAGAUCUGGGACCUCGAGGCUUGCGGGGCCACGCAGCACGGCACAUAUACCUUCCGACCGGCCAGUACGAUAGCUCGAUGCCCCCCGGCGGCAGCAGCGAAUAAUUACAGAGUAGGAUCAGGAGCGGGAGGAGGAGGAGGAGGAGGAGGAGGAGGAAAGGGAAUGGGCCACACGCACGGCAUCACACAUCUCGCCUUCUACCCCUUCGACCCGGACGCCUUCCUGUCCAGCUCGUACGACAAGACGCUCCGGCUAUGGUCGACGGCAACGUCGCAGCUCUCGGCGUGCUUCCACCUCAACGCGACGAUAUACUCGCACUCGACGAGCCCGGUGGCCGACCACCUGAUCGUGGCGUGCGCGACGCAGCACCCGCACGUGCGGCUGGUGGACCUGCGGUCCGGGUCGGCGGUGCAGGCUCUCGCGGCGCACGGCGGGCCCGUCCUGUCCACAGCGUGGAGCCCCCGGCAGGAGCACGUGCUGGCCAGCGGCCACGCCGACGGCCGGGUGCGCGUGUGGGACGUCAGGCGGGCGGGCGGACCUCUGGCCCAGCUGGACCAGGAGGACUCGCUAGGGGUGGUGCACCGGUUCGAGCACGCCGCGGCCGCCGGCGCGCCGGGCCCGCCGUCCGUGUCGCGCGCCUCGGCCCAGGCCCACGACGACGCCGUCAACGGCCUGGCCUGGACGCCCGACGCGCGUCACAUACUCUCCGCCGGUCUGGACUCGCGCAUCCGCAUGUGGGACGCCGCCACCGGCGCGAACACCCUCACCGGCUUCGGCUCCGCCGUCCAGAACCGCCACGCCAAGACGGCGCCCCUGAUCGCCACGCCGCCCUGCCUGUCCGACCCCCGGCGCAGCCGCCGCCACGGCGACGUGCUCUUCUGGGCAAACGACCGCGAGAUCCUCGUCCUGGACCUUCACGACGGCAAGGUCGUCACCCGCCUGCGCAGCCCCGGCGCCGCAAACGUCAACCCCGUCGGGCCGGGCGGCGCCGCCGAGAUGGGGAGGAACCGCAUCUCCUGCCUGGCGUGGCGCAGUGCCGGCGGCGGAGGGGCGUCGGUCGGCCCCAUCAUGGGCGGCGGUAACUCCAUCGGCGCGCUCUACAGCGCACACCUCGACGGGCACAUCCGCGCUUGGAUGCCGCAGGUUCCCGGUCCAGAUGACUUUGACGAAGACGACGAGGCUGAUGAUGUGGACGGGGACGAGGAGAGCAGGAGGAGGAGGAAACGAAAGGCCGUUGACGACGCGUAUAGAAGUCUUAUGGGAAAGCAGAUUACAUUUACCUAG